CGUCCUUUCCAACGAGAUGAGGUCUACGGAGAUCAGUUUGACCCCCGCUCGUGGCCUCGUUUCCAGUUGCCCCAAGACGCCAGCCCAGCCUUCAACCCUUCCAGCCCUAGCAGGGCGCGCCCGUCUCUCCCCUCUGCAGCUGCUCUGCCGCGCUCAGCCACGCAGGCCGCCUGGCGCAGGCGAGCCUCUUGCAGGAGCUGCCGCCGCCGCCAGCGUCGCCGCCUCUGGGCUGGCUGGCACGGAGCGUCGCAGGUGGCGAGCAGGAGGCGGCGGGCGAUGGCGGCGCCGGGAGACUCGGAGCAGGUUCGCUACUGCGCGCGCUUCUCCUACUUGUGCCUCAAGUUCACGCUGGUUACCUACUCGACGCUGUUCUGGUUGCUAGGAGCAUUUGUCUUGGCUGUGGGCAUUUAUGCAGAAGUUGAAAGACAGAAAUAUAAAACCCUUGAAAGUGCCUUUUUAGCUCCAGCAAUCAUUCUAAUUCUCCUGGGCAUUGUGAUGUUCCUUGUUUCCUUCCUUGGGGUGUUGGCUUCCCUGCGGGACAACUUAGACCUUCUUCAAGCUUUCAUGUACAUCUUGGGCCUUUGUUUGCUCAUUGAACUAAUUGGUGGAGUUACGGCCUUAAUUUUCCGAAAUCAGACAAUUGCUUUUUUAAAUGAGAAUAUCCGAAGAGGAAUUGAGAAUUACUAUGAUGACUUGGACUUCAAAAACAUUAUGGAUUUUGUUCAAAAGCAGUUUAAGUGUUGUGGCGGAGAAGAUUUUAAAGACUGGUCAAAAAAUCAGUAUCAUGACUGUUCUGCUCCAGGACCAUUAGCCUGUGGAGUUCCUUACUCUUGUUGUAUCACAAAUAAGACAAUGGUCAUUAAUACCAUGUGUGGAUAUAAAACGAUUAAUGAAGAGCGCCUGAGUGUUCAACAUAUCAUAUAUGUCAGAGGAUGUACAAAUGCUGUACUCAUUUGGUUUAUGGACAACUAUGCCAUCAUGGCUGGAAUUUUGCUUGGUGUACUGUUUCCACAGUUUCUUGGAGUGUUGAUAACUCUGCUUUACAUCACCCGAGUAGAAGACAUAAUUGCUGAGCACAAGCCGAACGAGGGGCUGCUUGAAAGAGGAAGGCGACAGAAGGACGAUAUUGAGCUCGCUGGAGCUGGGUGCUGUAUGUGUUUUCCUGAGUAACACCAGGUUGCCCUUGGAACAAGACUAACAGUUAAUAUCCCCUUGCACUGUGCCUUGAAUGUAAACUUGAAUUGACUGCCGUUUGUAAACCUACUGUCUCUUUCCAGAUAUCAUUAAUUAAAAUAUCUCAACUCUAAGCAUUCUUUGUUAUAGUGAUAUUUGUUCCUAUCUUGGAAUCUGUUUUCUCUUGUGAUAUCUAAAACAACUAGCCAGUUUCCUGCUUUAUGAUAAUCCAGGAGAGAAAUAAUAAUUUAUUCUAAUGUAAUUAUUGUAGACAAACUGACUUUAUACCUAGCUGAUCUAUCUAAGAGUAUAUAUAACAAGAUGAAAUUAUAUUAGAAUUAUUUUAGUCAGUGCCAGAAUAUGGCAAGUCAGCCAAUGCAGGAAAUGUUUCCAAAACCCAUAUGUACUGAUUUCCCACCAUAAAAUGAUUCUGUGCCAGAAGCAGCCCAUGCUUCUUUGUUUCAUGGAAGGAUUAUAUAUCUGGCUCCUAUAUGUAAUUAACUGGGUGAAAACUGGGCUUGCUGCAGUGUUGUUUUUAAAAUGAACAUAAUUUUCAAGCUCCUCGUGCAGAUUUCAUAAUCACAACUGCAGAUCAUAAUAAUUUUCUGGGAAUAAUCAAAUGUGAACUCCUGUGUGGGAGCCUACAUAAGAAACUUUCCAGUUGUUUCUUUGUUGAUUCCUAGCAAAUGAAGUAUUUUAAGGAACUGAUUUUCACUCUUGUGCAAUCAAGUUUUUUUAUGCUGCUUCUUACAGAUAACUGGAAAUUUUAAGAGGCCUUUGCUGUGUUUUUUGUACUCUCCUGAUCUAAUCUACUGUGUGAUUGGUUAAGUAAAAGUUGCUUAUUUUGAUGCCAGUUUUUAAAUUUCUGUUUUUAACUGUACAGAUUUUUGUGUGAAGCAUAUAUUUGAUAUCCCUAACUAAUAUGAGCUUGUAUAUACCAUGUGUAUUUUUCUUCUGCCUGUGAUCAGGAUUCAGGUGUGGAGAGAUGUGCCACUGAAAAAUUAUAUUGUUUACAUUGAAAAUAAAAGUUACAGUUUUGUAAAAUAAAAA